UGUCUGGGUUUGUGCUGCAUGCAAAAUAUUAGUUGGUUGAGAGCCCCACAGUGGAGGUUGUCAUAAUACUCAUAAAACCUAGCGUCAAACAGAGUAGUUCCAAUGGGUUUUCCACCAUUAAUGGUUCUCAUAGGGAAUUUUUAGAAACACUUAAUAAGGGCUGUGUUUCGGGUAGACUUACCCUGACUUGACCCUUUGAUAACCAUGUAAAUCUCUCUCGGAUAUGGUGACUUUGAUCAAUAUAGUCGGCUGUAUUUACACUCGGAUUCGAAAACGCUAAUUGGCAUCAUGCAAGACUACAAAUCCCUGCAAGCUCCUGCACGUCAUCUCUAGCUGACGCCUUUGCUAACAGGUAUUGUGCACAGGAGGUUGGUGGCCGCUUAAUUAGGGAAGAUGGCCUCGUGGUAAUGGCUGGAAUUGUUUUGCGGGUAAAUACAGGCGAAUAUAUUGACAGUCUCCUUGGCCUAGAGAUUUACACGGUUAUCAAAAUGUCACGCCAGGCCGAUUCAAGAAACGAAGUAGCAGAGCGCAUUGGAUACAUCACACGAGUCCAGAGUUUCAGCGCGUGCCAUCGAUUGCACAGCCCGACGUUGAGUGAUGAGGUAAACAAGAAGAUAUUUGGGAAGUGCAACAAUCCCAAUGGCCAUGGACACAACUAUAAAGUAGAGGUGACGGUACGGGGAAAGAUCGAUCGUCACACAGGCAUGGUGAUGAACAUUACAGAUCUGAAGCAACACAUCGAGGAAGUCAUCAUGAUUCCGUUGGACCAUAAAAACCUGGAUAAGGACGUCCCCUACUUUGCUAAUGUUGUCAGCACAACAGAAAACGUGGCUGUAUAUAUCUGGGACAACAUGGUCAAGCAGCUACCAGCCAAUCUUCUCUACGAGGUCAAGAUUCACGAGACUGACAAGAACAUUGUUGUAUAUCGAGGAGAAUAGCCAGCCACCUUCAGUACCUUGUAAUUAGUACGAUCUUUACUAAUUUAUAUUAUGUAGUAUGCACAUCUCACAUUUGAGUUCAUAGAUGGACUUAUGCGAUGUGUUAUGAUAGUAUUAAAGUGCAGAGUUGAGGUUAUCCUAUUGAAUAGUAUUGUGCAUCAUGUGCUGGUGCAAUCCACUCUACAACUUUGUUAUAAUAAUAAAUGGAAUUGCUUGUGCCUCUCUACAAUGCAUCUACAAUAGAGAACAUCUAGAAUGUACCUGACUACAGAUUGACCACUAGAGUGCAGGAUCUGAAUGCCUCAUAGCCCAGUAAGCAGCUUGACUUGACUGAAAUGUCUAGUUUAGGGGUGUCAAACUCAUUCCUUGGAGGGCCUAGUGUCUGCUGGUUUUUAGUUUUUUCUUUUAAUUAAGACUUAGACAACCAGGUGAGGAGAGUUGCUAAUCAGUGACCUUAAUUCAUCAAACAAGUACAAGGGCUCCCAAGUGGCACAGCGGUCUAAGGCACUGCAUUUCAGUGCUAGAGGCAUCACAACAGACCUUGGCACAAUUGGCCCAGCGUGUGUUUGACCAGGGUAGGCUGUCAUUGAAAAAUAAGAAUUCGUUCUUAACUGACUUGCCUAGUUUAAUAAAGGUUAAUACAAACAGGGAGGAGCAAAAUCCUGCAGAGACUAAGCCUUGUGUGGAAUGAGUUUGAGACAUGGUAUAGUAUGUCAAAUCAUCAACAACAACAAAAAGGUUCAGAGACUGUCACACUGUUUGUGGGAACAAGCUAAAAUGGGCUUAGAAAAGCCAUAAAUGCUUAUUGUUUCAUUCUAAAUUCUCAUCAACUGAUAUUGAUCAAUUACCAUUUAAAAAAAAAAAAAAAAAAAUCACCUUUUAUUUAA